AUGAGCCACCCACUAGCACGGUGCGUACGCCCAUGGACCGCGCCUACCAUCACCAACAAGCACGACACAGUCACGAUCAAGGUUGGCGCUGGCAGCAAUAUCCAGCAGUAUGACCUACAUGUCGAAGCACUCAGAGCGCGCUCGCAACACUUCCACGAGGUCCUUCCCGCCUCCUCCGACGAGGAGCGCACACCGAUCCACCUCGCGUGCUCUAUGCCAAAGCGAUUCGACGCCUUCGCCAACUGGCUUUACAGCGGCAGCCUAGACUCCAGCAAUGACAAUAAUGUGAGAUACCUCUUCUUAUGCGAACUCCACGUAUCUGCCGACACCUUCGAUAUCCCGCUCCUGCGCAACAAGAUUGUGGAUGUGUUCUUCAACAAGCUUUUGCGCGACGCACAGCCACUGCCCUACGACAUCAUGAACUAUAUCGAGGAGCAUCUGAGGGACUCUGCUUUGAGGACCAUGAUGCAAGACAUCAUGCUGAACUGCGGUCAGACGGAGGACAUGGCCGAGUGGCAGGUCAACCUUGCGAAGGGCUUCAGAAUGGAAGGUCGUGGGAAGGAAGACAUCGUUGAGCCAUUCGGCGGAAGUUCAAAUUUAAGAGAAUACUUGCUCGGGUUGAGGGGAAACGUAUGCAAGAGAUAUCACGAGCAUGUGGAGAGAGAUGAGAAAGUGGUGAAACGUGAGGGGAUGUGGUUCUUCGAUCCACCUCUUAACUAA